GGCCUGACCUCAGGGCUCCUUGGGGGGAGCCACAGAGAGGAGGCAGGUGCCAGCCCUGCCCCCACCAUGGGACUGACUUGGAAGGAGCGGGUGCUCACGGCCCUGCUGGGGGCUGCCGCGGCCUCAGGCCUCACCACGCUCAUUCUCAUCCUGGUGGAGGCCACCAAUGUCCUCCUGCCUGCAGACACCAAGUUUGGGAUCGUGUUCGACGCCGGGUCCUCCCACACGUCCCUCUUUGUGUAUCAGUGGCCGGCAGAUAAGGAGAAUAACACAGGCGUGGUUAGCCAGGUCCUGGCCUGCCAGGUGGAAGGGCCUGGAAUCUCCUCCUAUACCUCCGACCCUGCACAGGCUGGUGAAAGCCUGCAGGGCUGCCUGGAGGAGGCAUUGGCGCUGAUCCCAGAGGCUCAGCAUCAUGAAACGCCCAUGUUCCUGGGGGCCACGGCUGGCAUGAGGCUGCUCAGCCAGAAGAACAGCUCUCAGGCGAGGGACAUCUUUGUGGCGGUCACCCGGGUCCUGAGCCAGUCUCCCGUGGACUUUCGGGGCGCUGAGCUCCUGGCUGGGCAGGACGAAGGUGCCUUAGGUUGGAUCACCAUCAAUUACGUCCUGGGCAUGCUGGUCAAGUACUCCUUCUCUGGAGAAUGGAUCCGGCCUCCAGAGGGGACGCUGGUGGGCGCCCUGGACAUGGGUGGGGCCUCCACCCAGCUCACCUUCGUGCCUGGAGGCCCCAUACUGCACAAGAACACACAGGCCACCCUCCGGCUCUACGGCUACGACCACAGCGUCUACACCCAUAGCUACCUCUGUUUCGGGCGUGACCAGAUGCUGAACAGGCUCCUGGCUGGGCUGGUGCAGAGCAGCCUGGCCCCCCUGGUCCGCCACCCAUGCUACCACAGCGGCUACCAGGGCACACUGUCCCUGGCUUCCCUGUACGAGUCGCCCUGUGUCCACAGCACAGCCCCCCUAGACCUCACCCAGAACCUCAGUGUGGAAGGCACCGGGAACCCCAGGGCCUGCGUCUCAGCCAUCCGGGAUCUCUUUGACUUCCUGAGCUGCGAGGGCCAAGAAGACUGUGCCUUCAACGGGAUCUACCAGCCCCCCGUGCGGGGCCAGUUCUACGCCUUCUCCAACUUCUACUACACCUUCCAUUUCCUGAACCUCACGUCCAGGCAGCCGCUGGCCACCGUCAACGCCAGUGUCUGGGAGUUCUGCCAGAGGCCCUGGAAGCUGGUGGAGGCGAGCUCACCUGGGCAGGACCGCUGGCUGCGCGACUACUGCGCCUCGGGGCUGUACAUCCUCACACUCCUGCUCGAGGGCUAUGGGUUCAGUGAGGACACCUGGCCCAGCAUCGAGUUCCGCAAGCAGGCUGGCGGCACCGACAUCGGCUGGACACUGGGCUACAUGCUGAACCUGACCAACAUGGUCCCGGCCGAGGCGCCUGCCCAGUGGCGGGCAGAGAGCUACAGCGUCUGGGUGGCCGGGGUCGUCUUUAUGGUGCUGACCCUCGUGGCCGUUCUCGGAGCUGCUGCAGUCCAGCUCCUCUGGCCGCAGGACUAAGCCGGGCUGCUGCCUGAUGCUCCCAGAGCUCAGCGGGGCCACCCCAGCCUGGACGCCUUAGCUGGCUGGAGCCUUCCUGAGUCCCUGACCCCUGCGGGGCCUCCCGGGACCUUGUCCUGUGGGCUCUGCCCUCAGGGCCGCUCUGGCUAUGGAGGCUGCGCUGUGGCCCCCCAUCUGGCACCCCUGGGUCCCCUCUCCACCGUGCUUCCCAGGCCACUGGGCGCCUUUCUGCACCCACGCUGGGUCCCUGGACCCCUGUGGCAUUCCAGGGCUGUGUGACUGCAGAAUUAGUGGGACGCGGGCCGGUCGAGCCUGAGGGUGGGGAGUGACCACUGCAGCAAGAAGGGGCCUGGCUUCCUGGGAGGGGCUGGCAGUGGGGCCCUGGGGUCU